AUGAGGCUUUGGAAAAGGGCCUCCGGAGUUUUGAAGGACCAAAAUAGCAUCUUCCUUGCAACUUUAACGAAAAGAAGUCCCCUCCGGAACCCGGACAUUGAAGCCGCCGUCAUUAAAGCCACCAGCCACGACGAAUUUUCAAUUGAUUUAAAAAAUUCUGACGGGAUUUACAAAUGGAUUCGUCUCUCCUCUUCUCAUCUCAAGCCCCUGGUAUGGUCCAUUUCGAAUCGAAUGUACAGGACCAGAUACUGGGUGGUGGCAUUAAAGGGAUUGAUGUUAAUGCAUGGUGUGAUUAAUUGUAAGGCCUCUUCUGUUCCCAAGAUUGGAAGAUUGCCCUUUGAUUUGUCGAAUUUUAAAGAUGGGCAUGACAAACCAGGAAAAAAUUGGUCCCAUAAUGCGUUUGUGAGGGCGUAUUAUAGAUUUCUUGAUCAGAAAUCGAUUUUUGUUUUUCAGACUUAUAAUGGAGAAGACACAGGCAUGAGGGGGAGAGAUGCACACCAUGUGUUUGUGAUAAUGCAUGAGUUGGUUUUACUGCAGAAAUUGCAGAGUUUGCUUGAUUUGUUGAUGCAGAUUAAGCCACUUUCGAAAGCAGCUAUGGUUCCUCUUGUUCUCGAGGCAAUGGACAGGAUUAUAGUCGAGAUUUUUGACUUUUAUGGGAAUAUUUGCAGAGGAAUUGCCACUGUUUUGAUGAAUAUUUAUUCUUCUGGUAAGGUUGAAGCAACAAUGGCACUCAAAAUUGUGCAGAAGGCAAUGAUUCAAGGUGACCAACUCUCUUCCUAUUUUGAGUUUUGCCAUGAUAUUGGUGUGGUGAACUCCUCAGAAUUGCCUUGCAUUGAGCGCGUACCUGAAGAGGGAAUCCAAGAACUCCAGCAGAUAAUCAAAGGGUUCCCGGAGAAAUCUGGGGAUGACGGAUUGGUACUAAAUCGACAAGAGGAGAAUGCCAUUGUUGUUAUGGAUUCGAGGAAUGAUUUUAAAACUAUAAUCACAGAUAAUUGGGAGAAAUUCGACGAAGAAAGUUCUACAGAAGUACCAAAGAAUCCCUUUAUGGAAGCCUCAUUGACUCUACCUCUUCCCCAACAUCACCAUCAAGAACUGCCAGAUUUGAUCAGCUUCUUGUAG